CCUGGGCUGCUACGCGAGCGCGGGGAUCGAGCGCGGCCUGCGGGCAGCGCCGGCCGCCAUGGCCGGGGAGGUGAAGACGAAGCUGUCCAAGAACCUGCUGCGCAUGAAGGCCUGCAGCUUUCGGGGCUGCUCCUCUCCAACUCGGCCGGCAAGAGGCGAUUUCAGAGAGCUGCCACCGAAUACCGGGCUGCUUAAACGCUGGCGAGAGUUCAUGCAAAGGGGUUUGGAUUCACAAACUAAAAAACAGCUAGAAGAGGAGGAAAAGAAGAUAAUUAGUGAAGAACACUGGUAUCUUGAUUUACCAGAUCUAAAGGAGAAAGAGAGCUUUGUAAUAGAAGAGAGGAGCUUUAUGCCAUGUGAGGAUCUACUGUAUGGCAGAAUGUCCUUCAAAGGAUUCAAUCCAGAAAUUGAGAAGUUAAUGAUCCAAAUGAACUCUAGGUGCAAGGAAGAAGAAAUCGAAGUGGAUGAUAAAAUGGAGGCUGAUGUGUCAGAUGAAGAAAUGGCCAGAAGAUAUGAAACAUUAGUGGGAACAAUAGGGAAGAAAUUCUUGAGAAAGAGAGACCAGCGUGUACUCCAGGAUGAAGAUGAAGAUGGGAGUAGUAACACAAGACCUAGCAAAAAAGCUAAGAAAAAGUUCUUAAAACCUCAGGAGUAAUGUCAACUACACAACUGGAGCUAAUAGAAAUGUUAUCUACCAAAUAAUAGUAUCACGAACUGGAGGUUGUUUGGAGUUCUUGCUGUUUAAUGCAAAGAACAGGUUUGUAAAUCUGAGUCUGUUCUCACUGAAAUUUCUACCGUCCACGUGACAAACAUUUUUCAAAGUGGAUGUGUAUAUAAUGGAUGUCAUACAUCCUUUCCCCUCUCAGCAGCUUUUAAUGUGCGGGGCACUAAUCCCAUCAGUCUUUUUAAAUGUUGUGCAUAACUAGAUUGAGUGUAAUAUGCAAUCGAGAGCAACGUUGUUUACAAUUUAUGAUAACAUCUGAAAGAAGUAUUUGGAGUAAAGACAAACUUUGUCCAAUCCAGUAAGGCAGUUCCACUUUCACUGCUUUUUUUUAUUAUGAAAGUGAAAACCUUUGCUAUCUUCAAAUUGAAAAAAGUCGGCAGAAACAUGUUUGGGGUUCUUUGUUUUGGUUUUUUUUUUUACUGUGCUAAAAAUAAGAUGGGAAAAGAAUA